CUUCCACUCACCAUCAUUGCGGUUCGCCGUCACUCAACACGCAGGGCGCAAACUAUCAUAAUUUCCAUCAUAGCCUUCCCGCGGUGCUCGUGGCCCUGACAUAGGUUAUCUUUCCUCCUUUUUGAUCUGGAGAGGCGACACGUUCGCGCUCCCUAAAUAAGCUUCCAACUACAACACGCACAGGACCAGCUAAAAGCCAGAGAGCGCCUCAUGCCAUGCAGUGUGUAGCCUGCACCUGGGGUUGAUUGCCAAUUCUCGGCGCUCUUGCUUCCAUUCCACCAGCCAUGGCUUCUUCUCCUUCGGAGACCGACGACGAUGCCCUGAGAGACAGAUUCGACGGCCACACCGCCGGCGAUGACGACCAGUAUGAUGCGUCUCAGGACGGGGCUCCCAGGUAUCCGAUUCCCUCGCGCAGGCUUGCUGCUGUCGAGGUUCCCGCCGUUGUGGAAAACAUUGAUCGCGCCAUCAAAGCCUUUGGCCGACUCCCUUCACUGGCCCACACGCUGGAUUCCACGAGAACAUCAAUACCACUGUACCUGAACCCGGACAGUCCGUUUUGUCCGCCAGUCAUGUCUCAUAACGCCCGUUCACACAAUGUUGUGCUCAAGAUCACCGUCCCCAAGCGUACUGGGCGCAAGCGAAAGCGCGGCACCAAUGACCCGUGGCAGGGUGACGUUGAGCUCGCCGACGCCGAUGCUGCCGGGCCGCCCAACGGAACCCAAGGUGUCGGCUCCAUCGCCCGCCUAGAUGAGCCCAAGAAGCUCAGACGGCAGCUCGCAGACAACGUGGACACGUACCAAGUCGAAGCCGUUGGUACCAUCAAGCACACGCACCGCUUCCGAGGCCUGGCCGACUUUUACUGGGACAUGUCCAAGUCUUCUUUUGCGCGCCGAUAUACGGAGCAGGUUCUGCCCGGUGAUGGUCAGACUCGAUCUCUUGAACCUACACCUCGAACCUCAGCUGACACCUUUCACAGUGCAAAACUUGAAGAACUUCACUUUUGACCCAGGGAUGGAUCUCGGGCCAAAUGUCGACAUUCUUCCGCCGCCCAUCUUUACGCACAUGAGUCUUCCUUUCAACUACUACUAUUCACAGAAUCCAUACGUCCGCACAACUGAGGACGGCAACACAAUCAACACGACGGCCGUCAAGCAGAUCGGAUACUUUAUUAGCGCCGACGAUCCUGCCCCUACCGGACCGCAGCAGCCCCCAGAUGUGACUGAUUCGCGAACCAUGGAGAUCAUUGCCCAGCUCGAGGAGGCGUUCCAGUAUCGCCCAGUCUGGACCCGUCGUUCCUUGCUAAACCACAUGGCUGGCAAGCUGAGGAAUUGGAACGAGCUGAAAAAAUAUCUCAAUUACACGGCAUACCAAUUCAAGGGCGGUCCGUGGAGGGAUGGGGUCGUUCCAUAUGGAAUCGACCCUAGAACAGACCCCAAGUACCGAAUAUACCAGACGCUCAUGUUCAAGCUGUCCAAGAAGAAGCUACCGAGCCAGGACCAGACGUGGCAGUCGCUUCGACGGUCCCAAGGAAGUUUCAACAAAGACUACGCGGUGGACCAGGCACAGAGCCACACAUUUGACGGCGAGUCAUACCACACAGACGGUAAAGUCUGGCAGGUCUGCGACAUUAGCGACCCCCUGCUGAAGGAGCUCCUGGACAAUGCAGAAGUGCGACCGACCUGGGACAUCAACAGCGGGUGGUAUCAUGGCGGUCUGUGGGCCAAGGUUAAGGCCAUCAUGAAGACAAAGCUUGUUGCUAUCCGCUUCGGGAGACAGCUGACCCGAUCAGACUUUGCUCCAACUCUCGAGUGUGGGGAUCGGACGCCUACAAAGUCAUCGUCGACGACAUUCCAUCUGCCACUGCCCAACCUGCAGUUGACCAACGACGAGUUGAUACUCCUGCGCGGCCGAGAGCCACCCAAGAAGAAGAGCACGGGAUACAACGCUCGCUUGCGAGGUCCGGGCAGGACCCCCAGUGUGGCGGCGGAACAGACACCUGCGAGUGGACUGCCCGACGACGACGAAGAGCCAGCCGAAGGGGGGGUGCUGUCCGGGAACGAAGACGAUGACGAGGAGGAAUCGGGCAGCGACGGAGACAACGACGAAGACGAGGAGGAGAAUCUAUACCCAGCGCAAGAGGCGUACGGAUCUCAUGACGAACACGACGAGUUCUCUGAUGCCCCAGGAGAGGACGAGGAAGAUGGAUUCCCCGUUUUUGGCUGAGACGUGUUGUGCUUCGCCCAGUAGGUAAACAAGCAAAUAAGAGCGACACGAAAUGACCCCUGUGCACUUGACUCUGUCGGCGUUCUUUAAGUUGGCGCGUGGCACGAGGCGAGCAGAGGUUGGCCUGCAAGCUAGCUGUCAUGGUUCGUUGUGGCAGUGCGCUUGUUGAGAUAAACCCAGCCGCAUGGUUUGCAAGUGCGAAAUCUUGUCUACACGCCUAUUGUGCUGCCUGCGGAAUGGGAUGGUAAACAAUCAAC